ACCAUCGAGCGCCACGUUCCGCCUCAGCACUCUCGCCAUGCCUCCCUCCUCGUCGCGCUGCUCCGUCCGCGCUCUCGCCGACGCCUGAGCUCCUCUCAGCGUCACUGCCCGGGUUCCUCCUUCCCCUUCACCGAUGGCCUCCCUAGCCACGGCUCCCCGGCCUCCCCACCGUGCUUCAUCGAUCUCCCCCAAGUGCUCCCACGGCUUCAAACGAACCCUUAUCGCUCGUUCUCCUUCCAUGCCUUUCUCCUCACUCUGUUUUCCCGGGAGAAACCUUUUCUUGAACGCUAUUUUGGACAAGGAAGCAAAAAUAAUGAGCUUGAUCCAAAAGAGACAUGAAGAGCUUUUCCAGAGCAUGUUCUUCAAUGAGGAAGCAAAAACUGAUAAAGAUUUGUUGCUGCGACUGUGUGCCUUUUCAUGUGGAAUAGCAUCAUGGUUGAGUUCUGCACAGAUGGCCCAGUCGAAUGAGGGCGCAAGACUGAACAUGGUCUAUGAGAUCGGAGAAUUAUUUGAAUUAGGAAUCCAACUUUCUUACUUGGUCAUAUUGUUGGGUUUGCUUGGAACUGGGACUUUUUUUGUCAUUCGCCAGGUUCUUGUUCGUCGCGAGCUUGACCUUUCAGCGAAGGAAUUGCAGGAGCAAGUUCGAAGUGGUGAUGCUACUGCUGCUGGGUACUUUGAGCUCGGUGCUGUAAUGCUGAGAAGGAAAUUUUACCCAGCUGCUACCAAAUAUUUGCUACAAGCGAUUGAGAAAUGGGAUGGAGAAGACCAGGAUCUUGCUCAGGUCUAUAAUGCUCUUGGUGUAAGCUAUGUCCGUGACAACAAACUCGACAAAGGUAUAGCCCAAUUCGAGAAAGCUGUGAAGCUUCAACCAGGCUAUGUGACAGCUUGGAACAAUCUCGGCGACGCAUAUGAGAAGAAAAAUGAUUUAAGAUCAGCUCUUAAAGCAUUUGAGGAAGUCCUCCUCUUUGAUCCAAACAAUAAGGUGGCAAGGCCUCGGCGAGAUGCUCUCCGUGACCGGGUUGAAUUAUACAAGGGAAUCCCUCUAAAAUCAGAGGACCGGUAAUACAUCCAACUUUUUUCAGCUCUUGUGGAGUUGUUGGUGUAUCACAUCUCCAAGAAUUUUUUUUAUUGUAAUGAUGAGAUAUGCAAGUAGUUUUGUUUUUCUUGGAGCUUUGAUGAUCUAGCAUUCAAUUGGUAGUUUGGAAGUGUUGCACAGUGAUAGGUUGGCAGAGUUGGAAUAGUUUCCAUUUAAUAUCUUGAAUCUCAAAGGCUUAGGGAACUUUGAAUCACCAUCAGUAGUUGUCUUUCCAAGUGGAUAGGACUGAUUAUUGAUGACAUUUGUGAUGUUUUGGUGGACUUAAACAAGCUUUUUUUUUUUUUUUUUUCAAAAAAAAAUCUAACUUUAGCUUUAUUGCUUGACUAAAAAUAAAGCUAAAGUUAUGAUUUUAUCAUUGGCCUAACUCAACCCACCAAAUUUGUUUGAUUGUGCUUAUUAGUCUGCUGAGGAAAGUAGAGAGAAAAAUUUGUUGUCUUUUUGUGGGAAGUUUAAGAAUUUCAAUAGAGAAAAUUGAUUGUUAUGCAA